AUGCGCUAUACGCCCCCCGCUUCUUCAAUCUCCACCGGCUGGCCGUCCCCACCCCCCACGCGCGCCAUGCCCCCCCUCUGGCCCCUCGCGCUGGCGCUCCUUGCCACGGCGGCACGGGCCGGCCCCCCCUCUGCCCCAACCACCGGCUGCCGCGAUCCCUCCGGGGCCAUCGUGGACUGGUGGGCCGCCCUGAAGCGCCCAGGCGGCUUCAGGUACGGCUACCUGGACGCAACCGCCGGACCCCCCGGCCUGGACUUCUCAUCUCCGGACGAUCUCGACAUGCCCCUGACCCCCUGGUGGCGCACCCUGGACCCCGCCACAGCCGCCGUCCUCUCGGGGCGGCAUCCAAUCCCUGCCCAGAUGGCCCCCGGGCCGCUGGGCGCCAUCUUUUACAACGACGAGAUGCCGGACGGUAGGGAGGAGGAAUCCCGCGCCCACGCCAAGGGCGCGAUCGUUUUCGACUCCCGCGGCGGCGCGUGGGUCACGCACAGCAUCCCGCGCUUCCCGCAGCCCCCCACCGCCAACGGGUCGAUUGCGGAGCUCCCCGCCUCCGCCUGGACGGAGGCCCAGCACGCGUUCUGCAUCACGCUAGCGCCCGGCGGGAUCGAGGCGCUGGCGGGCGCCCUGGCCUUGAUGCGCCCCAACGUCUACCCCUUCUCCGCGAUCCCCGAUGCUCUCCGCCUGGCCUAUCCAAACGCCACGACCCUGCUGCGCCCCUCCCCCCCUCCCCCCCCGCCAUCCCUUGCAGCCAUUCCCUUGGCCUCCGCCCAAGGCACUCAGUUCAUCCUCCUAGCGAAGAGCCCCAACUUUGUGGCCAAGAUCCAUGACUUCGUCGAGCAGUAUUUCAACGCGCCGAUGGAAUGGCAGACAUGGAGGAGGGGGCGGGGCGGACGGCUGCCUUCUUGCUGCCCGCCGGCCUGCCCAAUCGAGACGCUCAACGUGGCGGGCGUGGCGGCUGCAAAUCGAUCCGCGAUCGCCUGGCCCUACACCAGGGACCACUCCAAGUGGGGGGUUGCGCUGGGGCGAGCGGGGAUGGAGGUUUUCUGCGCGGGGGACCUGAACCGGAUGGCGUCGCAGGAGCGGCGGGGGGGAGGGUUCCUGUGCGGGGUGGCGCCGCGGCUGUGGCGGGCCUUUCGGGGCGUCGUGGGGGCGGUGGAGGCGUGCGCGUCGGCUGACGCCCUGGUCGUGCAUCACUGA